AUGAUUUUACUCCAACCCAUUGAAUAUAAUGCUGUAGGAGAAAAAAUUAUACUUGUUGAUGGCAAGAAAGUAUUGGAAUCUGUUUUGAUGGAGAGACCAAAAUUAGCCAAGAUUUCAAGCAUGGGUAGCUAUGCUACGCCAAGCUUGGCCAGCAAAAAAAUUUAUCAAACAGAUUUAACUUUUAAAAAUGGCGGAAAUGUGAAUGUUUAUAUCACCUUGGAUAUUGUCAUCAACGUGGCUGGUUGA